AGAGAGAGGGAGGGAGCGAGCGAGCAAGAACCUCAAGCUAUUGAUGGGGAGACAGGGGAGGGGUGGAACGAACAAGCAUGUAUGGCAGCCAGAGGAAGGGAGGGGUGUGUGUGUGCGUGUGUGGGCCGAGGCUCUGGUGAAUGAGGAAGCAGCAGAGCCAUUUUUUCCUGUUGAGAAACUGCACGCUGGUCUGCCUGCGCGAGAGAGAGAGAGCACGCGAGGGGGAAUAAAAGUCCUCCUUCCCGGAGUCUCCGGGGUCCCCUCAAGGCCCGGGACUUGCGUGCCUCCACGCUCACUGCUGCUUUUUUCAUUGAAGUUGGGGAGGCCCCGAAGAGGACACAAUGGAGCGGAGAGCCUUUGGCAACUGGGCCGUUGUACUACUGAGAGGGGGAUGGGGUAGAGAGAAGACCGGUUCACACAGCUAGCACAGCCUGCCUGCCGGCCGCUGGCUUCCGUGGCCUCUCCUCCGCUCCCGAACCAGCUCUUCCCGUCUCCCGGCCUAAUUUUUUUUUCCCGGAACAGACCCCCGCCUCUCCACCCCAAAACUCCACUCGGACUACGCAAUGGGUUUACUCAUCAUGUUUUGCGGGAUUUUCAGAUAGGCACCAGAGCCCCGGGCUUAAAUCUGGGGUGUUCUGGAUGACAGGAAAGGGAAACAAAAAAAAAACCAACUUUCCCAAUUGUUUUUUUUUCUUACCUUUCUUUCGGGAUUGUGGAUCAGAUCUUUCCGUGCCGUCGGAGUCUUUGUAAAUGGAUUACAAGAUGCAUGCCAAGUCCAACGAUUUGCUGGAUUUCCAAAAACUGGAUGCCCUCCUGGAAAAGAUUGCACAUUCGGUGUCUGUGAAAAGAGAGUCCAGCGAGGAGUGCAAUGGGAUCAGCGGUGCUCUGUCAGUGGAGUCUGUGCCGGGGCCAAGAUUGAACUGGUGCACUGCCAACAGCGCUCCCCCUGCCCUCGCUCCAGCGCCUGCAGCGGGGCCCGGGCCCAUGCCCAUGCCCAACCCAGUCAGGAUGGGGGACGGCCUGGACGCUGCGCAGAUGUCGGGCGGCAGCAGUAGCAGCAGCAGCGGCGGCGGCAGCCAAGGGCAGCCCCAGACGGUUGGCAACCCCCCACCCCCGGAAUACAUCAACCUUGACAGGCCCAAGCGCCAGACCAACCAGCUGCAGUACCUGCUCAAGGUGGUGGUGAAGUCCCUGUGGAAACACCAGUUUGCCUGGCCCUUCCAUUCACCGGUGGAUUCAAUCAAACUCAAUCUUCCUGACUACUACACAAUAAUUAAAAACCCCAUGGACAUGGGAACAAUCAAGAAAAGGCUUGAAAACAGCUACUACUGGAAUGCCCAAGAAUGUAUCCAAGACUUCAACAAGAUGUUUACCAACUGCUACAUGUACAAUAAGCCUUCGGAUGACAUAGUCUUAAUGGCUAAGGCGCUAGAGAAGGCUUUCCUCCAAAAGGUCGCCGACAUGCCUCAGGAAGAAAUUGAGAUUGCGGUCAUGACAGGGAAGGGCCGGGGCCGAGGUCGCAGAGACGCCGGUCUCGGCUUGAAACCGGGUGCCAUCAUCGACCCUUCCUCCACAACCCCUCAAACGCGAGGUCUGUCAAGCCUCUCGACAGCACCUCAGACCAGAGGACCGGCACAGGGCCCGCCUUCACUACCUCCUCAGCCUUUAAUGCAGGCCCUCCCGUCCCACGUUCCCCCGACGUUACCGGGCCACGCGGCACAGCGAGGAGCGCCCUACUCUUUGGGCCAAUUGGAUUGCACUCUUCAAGUUCCCAUGAUGACCUCUGUGCCUCCCCCCGUUCAGACCUCCCUCCCGCCGGCAUCCAUCCAGAGCACCGCCCCCAUGCUGCAAAACCCGAUCGCCAUGACCAAACAAAGAAAGAGCCAGAAAAGAAAAGCGGACACUACAACACCCACAGCCAACGACCAGCUCAGCGAGUCCUCCCCAGCCGAAUCCAAGUCGGGGAAGACGCUGCCUCGGCGGGAGAGCAGCCGCCCCGCCAAAAUGGUCAAGAAAGAGGCGCCGGACUCGCAGCAUCAAGUGGUGAUGGGAACGGGCAUGAGCGGGCCCAGUAGUAGCCACAGCCCCGUCCCGCAAGACCAACUGGGCUACUGUUUGAGUCUGGUCAGAGAAAUGCUGUCCAAGAAACACACGAUGUAUGCCUGGCCCUUCUACAAACCCGUCGAUGUGGCUGCGCUCGGGCUGCACGAUUAUCACGACAUCAUCAAACAUCCCAUGGACCUAAGCACCAUUAAGGCAAAGCUGGAGAACAGACAAUACCGGGAUCCCCAGGAAUUUGCUGCCGAUGUCCGGUUAAUGUUUUCCAACUGCUAUAAAUAUAAUCCGCCUGACCACGAGGUGGUGGCGAUGGCACGCAGGUUGCAGGAUGUGUUUGAGAUGCGCUUUGCCAAGAUGCCAGACGAACCAGAGUCCAAGCCCCUCGCCUCCGUCCCAGCUCCCCCACUCCACCACCCUGCCCCGGUGAAACCCCAGCCUCCGAUGGGCCGCGUCGCCUCCUCUUCCGACAGUUCCAGCGACUCCUCCUCAGAGUCCGAGUCUUCAACCGACGACUCGGAGGAGGAGCGAGCUCAGCGGCUGGCCGAGCUCCAGGAACAGCUGAAGGCUGUCCACGAGCAGCUGGCUGCCCUUUCCCAGCCUCAAGCCAGCAAACCAAAGAGAAAAGAGAAGGAAAAGAAGGAGAAGAAGAAAGACAAACACAAGAAGAAAGGUGGCAUCCCCAGCCUGGUUGACGAGAUCCAGGAUGCCGCACCCGUUUCCCAGCUGUCGAAAAGGACCAAGAACAGUACAAAUAACAACAAAGAGCUACCCAAGAAGAAAUCCAGUAAAAAAGAGGCCACGAAAAACAACCAGCCCCCCAACCUCCCGCCCGUUCUCUGCCUGGAAGAAGACCUGGCGGGUUCUUCGGCUUUGUCGGAAAAGUGCAAGCCCAUGACGUACGAGGAGAAGAGACAACUCAGCCUGGACAUCAAUAAGCUUCCCGGUGACAAACUGGGCCGCGUGGUCCACAUCAUCCAGUCGCGAGAGCCCUCGCUCAAGAACUCCAACCCCGACGAGAUUGAGAUUGACUUUGAAACGCUCAAGCCUUCCACUCUGCGAGAGCUGGAGCGCUACGUGUCCACGUGCCUUCGCAAGAAAAAGAAGGGUGGAGCCGAGAAGUCUCUGGAGGCCAUGGUUUCCACCAAAAAGACCGGAUCUUCUUCGGACAGCAGCGGCUCCAGUUCCGAGAGUGAAACCGAGGCUCCGGGGAUGGUCAAACCGCAAAAGAAGAAGGCUCAAUCUGCGAAGGAGGGGAAGAAGACGCAUUCACAUCUACAGACUACCCCCGCUCAGCCUGUGCUUCAUCCGCAAGCCGCGGCGUUUCAGCCUCAGAUGAAGCAGCAUCAGGCCCCUCCCGUGGAGUAUAUGCCUCCUCCCGUAACCGCUCUGGAGUCUUCCCAGAUGCUGGAGAACAGCUUUGAGUCCUUGCCGUCAUUCAGCCAGCCCCUUAUGCAUCUUUCCCACCAUACGGGAAACGCUUCAUCCCCAGCGCCGCCUCAGCUCAGCGCCAACACCGCCGGGCAGGUGUCCCCUGAGACGCACCCCUUCCUCACCCAACAUCCAAUACUCCCCUCUCCAGCCUUGCACAGUUCCAUGCCUCAGCAGCCAUCUCGACCGAGUCACAAGGCGGCGCCUCUUCAUCCCAAACUUUCCCAGCACCAGCCCGCACCCCCUCAGCAGCAGCCAGCGUUGCAGCAGCAGCAGCAGCCGACUUUGCAGCAGCAGCAGCAGCCCACAUUGCAGCAACAUCCGCCUCUCCUGCCCCAGUCAGCACCUCCGCCGCAUCAGCUGCCCCCGCAGAUCCUUCAUCCCCCUCAGACCAUGCACCAGAGGCCCCUCUCCCCACCAACACUCACCCCUCAGGGCUUGCUGUCUUCCCAGCCUCCCCAGAUUCUGCUGGAGGACGACGAAGAGUCGGCCUCCUCCACGCCCCUUAACCAAGUGCAACUGUACCUGCAACAGUUCCAACAAGGCCGUCAGCCCCAGCAGUCCAUGCAGUCGCUGCAGGCGCAAUCUCGUCAGCAGCAGCAGCAAGCAGGACAGUCAUCUCUGCUGCAGUCUGUCCAGGGCCAACCUCAACUCUCCUCCCAAGCCACGCUGCCUACGGCCCAGCUUCCGCUUCAGGCGCCGGCUCCGGUAGCCCCGCCGCAUCAAGCCCCGUCCCAACAGAUGUCCCUCCACCAGAGCCGCCACCUGCCGCACAGUCAGCCGCAGGCUCAGCAGCAGCAGCAGCAACAGCAGCAGCUGAGUUACCAGCAGGUUGCCACGCUCAUCGGUCAGUCUCAGGGGCCUUCACACAAGGUGGCCAUGCCCAGCAACAAAGCACAGCAGAUCAUACAGCCCCCGGAGCAGUUGUCCCCGCGGCCGCCGCCCAAGCCUGACCUUUUCAUCGCAGGUCACAUGAGGGAUAACCCAUCCCCUCUCAUGAUGCAUUCCCCGCAACUUCCUCAGUACCCUCCCGUGUCUCACCAGUCUCCGCCUCACAAUAUGCAGUCCAAAAAGCAAAGGGUCCCCGGCAAUCAAGGAGUGCUCAAAGAGGACAAACUUCCCCCCUCACCGGUGAUGAGAGGAGAGCCUUUCAACAACGCCAUCAGGCCCGAGCAUCACAAGCAUCCCGACAGCAAGCCCACUCAGCAAGGCCUCGGCCAACAGAAUGUGAAGUCCAUGGACAGCUCUCGGCCCGUCAUCCGCUCCUCUGAGCCGAGCGGACCACCGCCGCCACCCCCCGCGCCAGACAAGGAGAAGUUCAAGCAAGAGUCCAAGGCACCCGCCGCACCCAAAAAGGAUGUGAAACUGAAGAACAUGGGCUCGUGGGCCAGCUUGGCUCAGAAGUCCACGUCGACGCCGAUGUCCGCCGUCAAGUCCUCGAGCGACAGCUUCGAGCAGUUUCGCCGGGCGGCCCGCGAGAAGGAGGAGCGGGAGAAGGCCUUGAAGGCGCAAGCCGAGCAGGCGGAAAAAGACCGCAUGCGCAGAGAGCAGGAUAAACUGCGAGGUCGGGAUGACGACGACGUGCUGGAGACAAGCAGGAGGGUGCACGAGGAACCGCGCCGGCGUCUGGAGCAGCAGCAGCAGCACAUGCAAGUGCCCGCACAGCAGCCCGAGCCUCAGCCAGCUGUGAUCCAAACACCCCCGCAGCAGCCCCAGCAGCAGCAGCAGCCACCCCCGCAGCCCCCCACACCGCCUCAGCCCGCCGCCGUACACAGCCCGCUCGACCAGCAGAGGGAGUUGGCGCGCCGAAGAGAGCAAGAGAGGAGGCGACGAGAAGUGAUGGCAGCAACGAUUGAUAUGAAUUUCCAAAGUGACUUAAUGGCGAUCUUUGAGGAGAACAUCUUCUGAGGAGGCAACAAAGACAAGUAGUGGAAGAAACUAGCUGCAAAAAAAAAAAACAAAAAGAAAAAAAAAAGCUCCCCUCCCCAACGCAAACACAAAACGAGUGAAAAAGCGACUUUUUAAGGACGACGACAAAGCGAAGGCCACAUCAUCGUCACCAACCGGACGCCACGCCGGCACUCUUUGCCUUUUCGUCUCCCCUUCUAGCAGGAUGUGGAGGGCGGCGUCACACCAACAAUAAUUUGAACUCAAAAGCUCUGAUUAUUUACUGACACAAGACUGGAGCGCGCUUGUUUCUGGAAGUGAAGAGAACAAGACUUGCUCUUUUUUUUUUUAAUUGUUUGUUAUAUGUGAAUGCAAGACAUGGUCUUUGGGGGGUGGAGGGGGGGAGGAUUCCACACUGUAAAUCAUUAUUAUUUCUCAAUAGAGAAGGUACACUUUGCCUUACACAUCUCUCUUUUAGACCAUGAGGUUCAAUGGCCUGCACACACACACACACACACGUACACACACGCGCUUUGAAAAAUGACAUUUAAUACAAACUACGUCAUGUAGGAGCAGUCAUCCUCUUAGUAUCUACUGUAAAGAAGUAUUUUCUUAUCCCACAAUAACUCUUUUAUUUAGGAGCUUUUAUUUUGACCUUUCUUUACCGACACACUCCACACAAACGUGCAUACACAAACGCACACAUAUCUCUAUACCAAACAACCUUUUAAUGCUCUGUCCUCACCUUGUCAUAAGGUAGCUACUUAAAAUAAAAAAAAUAUAUACAGGUAUAUAUGCAUUAUCACAGCUCCAGCAAGUAUUUAAAUAUCAGACGAUUGAAGUCGUAUUUUGAAAUCCCUGGCAGGACGCAGAGGUUAAUGUUGCGGAGCUUCAGUGAUUAAAUGGUGGUGUUAUUAUUAUUACUAUUAUGAUGAUUUCACUACAGAGCAAAAAACUCACACCGCUAUCCUUGUACUCCAUAUCGGCAGUCCCACUACUGGAUUCAGUCUGACACAUCCUCCAUUUUACAAGGUUAAAAAAAAAAGAAGAAAAAAAAGACGAAUAGGAGUUCAUAUUUAGUUCCUGUUAGUGGAUGUGACUUCUUUGAGACAAUGUCUCUCCUGGUGUUUGUUUUUCUCCAGUGCCUGUAUUAUUAUUAUUAUUAUUAUUAUUAUUGUCAUUAUUGUAAUGCAAUUCUCCUUUUGGCUUAUGUUACACUCAGUGGGGGUGGCGCUAGAGUGUAAUAUUCUGAACGGGAGGGGUCAACGGGAAUGUCAUUAUUUUUGUUUGUUUAUGAAUGAGUUUGUGUAUGAAAGGAAGACAAAAACAGAAUAAAACAAUGUUUUAUAUUUGACCUAACAUUGGGGAUUUUAAAUGUGGUUUUAGCUGGACUUCGAAACAAGCGCUCUCGUUUUAGUCUCAGCCACGACGCAUUUGGCUUAGGAUCCUGCUUGUGUGCGUUUGUGUACAUUCGAAUGGCUGCGCGAUUGUGUUUGAUUUUUUUUCUAUUGAAGAGAAUAAAGAGUAAAAGAGUACUUCGGGAGAACUUUUUUUUUUUUUUUUU